CUCCCUCGUCGGGUCUCCAGGGCCGGGCGCGGCCAUUGCUCCUCUCGCAGCCGGCCUCGCUUCCUUCCCCGCCGGCCUCUCCCGCCUUCCGCCGCGCGGCUGAACAGGCCCGUUGGGCGCGGAUCCGGCCAUGGCAGCCGCCGAGAGCACGACGGCCCUCCUCUCGGGCGCCUUCGUGGGCGCGCUCGCUUUCCACCAUGUCAACAGCGGCUCCGACACUGUGCGUAAAAAGGUGCCCUUCGCCCCGCGUUGGCUAACAUCCCCCCUCGCCAUUACGCACGAAGUGGACGGGGGUGCCUUCGGAUUACCCCGAGGAAGUGCUUUCGCUCCGGCACCUCUUGUCCUUGUUUAAUGGGAGAACGGGUGCUUUAUGCGUAAAAGGGAGCCGGGAUGUCUUGUUGUUGUGUAUGUGUGUGUGUGUGUGUGCAGAGGCCAAUUGAGAGCGCAUCUCCUGCCGUGGCUGCCCCUUCCCGCACCAAGUUUCCCUCCUGGUUAUAUGUUUGUAUGCAUGCGUGUAUAUAUGCACGUGUGCAUUCCCCACUUUUAGACAGCGACUGAGCUGUAACGCGCGCAGACCCCCCUCUCCACCACUUACUUUGGGAAGAGUUGCCUCGCGUCUCGUGUGACUCCCAAACCCGAGUGCUUUGUGCGCGCAGCCAGCCCGGUGCCCUGCGUGGGUCUGUAACAACAGAGGGACCGUAACCCUCUCUGCGACCCCUCUUAAAAGCACGGCUUAAAUUGAGCUUCCCCUCCUCCCCAGGAAGAUUUCACGUCUCCAUAAAAUGCUGCUGUGUGUCUCCGCUGUGUCUUGGGCGUGCUUGAGAUACAUGUAUUUCAAAUUUCCCUCCUCGCAGAUCUCCCGGGUCCUAGUCGUAGUCUGACACUCCAUAGCCACUACUCGCUUGACACAACGUCGCCUAACCUCCUUGCAAAACAGCUAUAAUGGUUGCUUCAUGGUCAGGUCACCUGGAAGCAACCAUAGUUAGUUUAAUGUUAGAAUAUGCUUCCAAAUUUGCUAAAGUUUGGGACUAGUCAGUGGCAAAGGGUGUGAUUUUAUCUGCUUUUUGAAGGGAGACGACUCAAAUACUUCCGCCCAGGCCCAGCCCUUAAAUUAUGCUGUUUUAAAUGAGCGUUUUAUAUUUGACUUCCUUUAGUAAUGAUUUCUUUUGAAAAUUUUGUUUUGUUCUGCUUUCUUUUGCUAACUUUGCUGCAUUAAAUAUGCAUUCUGUAGUUGACCUCCUUUGUAAUGUUUCGUUUUGAAAUCUAUUAUUUUAGAUUCCUGUUCAUUUUGUUACUUUGGAUGUAUACAUUAUAUUUUACUUUCUUCAGUAAUGUUUUAUUCGGGAUUGUUUUAUUUGAUGUUUUAAUGUAGGCUGCAAACCGCUUUGAUAUUUUUUUAUUCAAAAUAUAACAUGGUUUAGUAAUAAUAAUAAUAAAUUUUAUAUAUAUCCCGCCCUCCCCAGCCGAAGCCGGCUCAGGGCGGCUAACAACAAUAAAAUAAUACAACAUUCUAAAAUCAUUUCAUUAUAAAAUUAAUUCAAAUCAAAUUGAUGGCAACCAUUGGGCUAGAGUUCUGUGAAGAUUGCCAAAGGAGGGAGUCAGGCUGUGCCCUGCCCAAAGGCCUGGUGGAACAGCUCUGUCUUGCAGGCCCUGCGGAAAGAUGUCAAGUCCCGCAGGGCCCUAGUCUCUUGUGACAGAGCGUUCCACCAGAUUGGAGCCACAGCUGAAAAAGCCCUGGCUCUAGCUGAGGCCAGCCUAACCUCUCUGUGGCCUGGGACCUUCAAGAUGUUUUUGUUUGAAGACCGUAAGUUCCUCUGUGGGACAUACCAGGAGAGGCGGUCCUGUAGGUCAUAGAAUCAUAGAGUUGGAAGAGACCACAAGGGCCAUCGAGUCCAACCCCCUGCCAAGCAGGAAACACCAUCAGAGCACUCCUGACAUAUGGUUGUCAAGCCUCUGCUUAAAGACCUCCAAAGAAGGAGACUCCACCACACUCCUUGGCAGGUACGAGGGUCCUAGGCCGUAUAGGGCUUUAAAGGUUAAAACCAGCACCUUAAACCUGAUCCUGUACUCCACCGGGAGCCAGUGCAGCUGGUAUAGCACUGGGUGAAUGUGAUCUCGCAGCGAGGACCCCGUGAGGAGUCUCACCGCGGCAUUCUGCACCCGCUGGAGUUUCUGGGUCAGUCUCAAGGGCAGCCCCACGUAGAGCGAGUUACAAUAAUCCAGUCUGGAGGUGACCGUCGCGUGGAUCACAGUAACAAUAAUAAUAGUGACUAUACAGCUCCUGCUAGUGGAGUGAUGCGUAACUAUGGUGUUUCUUCAAUUGCAAAGGAAGGAUUCCUCCUUGGGGAGGUGAAAUCUGAAGCCAAGGACAUCAUUACUGACUCUCAGAUGGAUGGUGCUGAAGUUGUGUAUACAAUUGGUAAGUCAGCUACCAACUGAUGCAUUUCCUUUGGGGCGGAAUGAACAUUAUGUGGUGCUUGUAAAAUAUUAUUAUUAGUGCUUGAGCGUACCAGUAUAUUUGAAUGCGGUGAUGGUACUGCAUUGCUUCUGAGCUGCUGUGAAGUCAUUCUGUGGGAUUCCAUGGUGUUUAGCAGCAGAAUCUAUUUUAUACCGCAACUGGUCCUUUCCUCCCCCACAAGGAAUAGUGUUAUCUCCAGGUUUGUCCUGUGGCUGUAUAGUUCUUUUCUUUCUAUACAGCUUUUCAUAAUGCUCCCUUGAGACUCCUAUCUCUUCAGAGCAGCAGAAAGAGAACAAAUGUGAUCAAAGGCCUGUCUACUUUGUUUUUGAGUAAGAAAAAUUACAUAGAUCUUCAAAUUUACUGUAGUAGGUUGUGUGUCAUUAUACACAUGAGAGAAAAUACCUAUGAUGUGUGAUUUUAGUGGAUAUACCCAGCUGUAUACUUCUUUUUCAAGGCUCUUUAGUCACAUGGACUUUUGCUUAUCCACUAUUUGAAGUAUAUAAAUGGAAUGUGGGUGAGCAUUUUAGAAAUUUUAUAUUGUACGUUGUUCUUAAUUUUUCUGACUUUUAGUUGAUUUUAGCAGUACUUCAUCUUAAGUCACUUUAAGACUUUUUUUGUACAAAGCGACUAGCAGAUGUAAUAAAUAUUAAAAGUAUUUGAGUAUCUUGUAAGGUUGUGACUGAACACAGAAUUCAGUUAUUACUGUCAGCAGAGCACAUUGUGCAGAGCUAUGCGUACACAAUCAUUCAGGGGAAAGUAAGAUGUCGUUUCAUUUUCAGAUAUACAAAGUCACAUUCCAUGCUACCAACCCUUCAGGUAAGUGCUAUACCCUAUUUCAGAAAGAAACUUGAAUUCUGUUUCAUACAAGGGGAUAGUAAAACCCUCACAUGGAGCACUUCAUGCGUUGGAUUCAGUCAGAGCCUUGGAUCAUGGUAACAGAAUAUGCACGCCUAAGGAAACUUAUUUCGGUGGGGCUUGCUCACAGAUAAAUGUUUGCUGUUUAAGUAAGCAAGGGAAGCAUGUUUAGAGAGUUCAGGUUACAUACGCUUCAGGUUACAGACUCCGCUGACCCAGAAAUAUUACCUCGGGUUAAGAACUUUGCUUCAGGAUGAGAACAGGAAUCGCGUGGCAGCAGCGGGAGGCCCCAUUAGCUAAAGUGGUGCUUCAGGUUAAGAACAGUUUCAGGUUAAGAACGGACCUCCGGAACGAAUUAAGUUCUUAACCCGAGGUACCACUGUAUUUUUAUUUAUUUAUUCAGGGCAUUUAUUAGUUGCAUGUCCUCCAUAGGAGUUCAGGGCAAUGUACAACCAACCAAAAUUUAAAGACAAGGAUAAAAAAAAUCAACCACCAAUUUUAGCAACCAAUCAUUGAAUACAUAUUGGUGCUAGGGUCAUCACGUGGCAAAAACCUGGGUAAAUAAAUAUGCCUUCAAUUGAUGUUUAAUAAUACAUAUGGAGAGUCAAUAAAUCAAAGUGAUUUUUAUUUUAGGGUAGAAGAUGUUACAUGAUUUUCUUCAUGACUUCCUUCUCUUCCAAAGAAUUUGAUUUCUGUAUUUUUAUUGAAAUUAUCCUUAUACCCUGUGUUCAUCUGCUGUAUGAGCAAAUGUAUGAAGCUUAGUAAUAAAAACCAAUGCCACUCUAGAAAUGUCUUUGAUUCAGCAUCUGUUGCCCUUGGGAUUCCUCUUAUUUUUUCCAGCUUUUACAACUCGGCAGGAGAAUUGAACGAGCCACUGCUGAAUAAUAUGUUGUCGAGUUGCAAAAAGGUAUUUUGCAUUUAGAACUAACCUCUUCACAAAACAGAAAUGUAUGGAUACUAUAGAUUACUACUAUAUUCUUGUUUAAAUGCAUGCAUAAUAUCCUACAGACUGGUUCUUAUUAGACAUGUACAGGCAGGUUUUACUUUUAGGUAAGUCCCAGUGAGUUCAGUGGGCUUACUCCAAGUAAAUAUAAGUGUGUCUAGAAUUGCAGCUUUUGACUGCUAUCUCCACAUACUUAUUGGCAAAGAAGCUCAAUUGAAUACAAUGGACCAUACUUCAGAGCGAACAUGCAAACAGUUGCUCUGGCAGUGACAUGGUUUUUCAACUUUUCACAUUAUGGGCACAAGGUUGUUAUCAAAGAGACAUUUUAAGUAUGGCCUAGUACCUUGGCUGGUGGAAAUUCCAGUGCAUCUCAGAAGACAAGCUAAGCUGAGUCUUAGGGAACCCAGGUAAAAUCACCUUUUAGCACCAGCAAUAGGGUGACUCUCAGUCAUUAUGUAAGUGGUAUGAGAACCAGUGAGGGAGGUGAAGGUCCUGUGUGAGUGUCUGGAGGCGGUUGGAGGAUGGAUGGCGGCUAACAGAUUGAGGUUGAAGCCUGACAAGACAUAAGUACUGUUUUGGGGGGACAGCAGACGGGCGGGUGUGGAGGACUCCCUGGUCCUGAAUGGGGUAACUGUGCCCCUGAAGGACCAGGUGCGCAGCCUGGGAGUCAUUUUGGACUCAAAGCUGUCCAUGGAAGCACAGGUCAAUUCUGUGUCCAGGGCAGCUGUUUAUCAGCUCCAUCUGGUAUGCAGGCUGAGACCCUACCUGCCCGCAGACUGUCUUGCCAGAGUGGUGCAUGCUCUAGUUAUCUCUCACUUGGACUACUGCAAUGCGCUCUGUGUGGAGCUACCUUUGAAGGUGACCCGGAAACUAAAACUAAUUCAGAAUGCAGCAGCUAGACUGGUGACUGGCAGCGGCCGCCGAGACCAUAUAACACCAGUCUUGAAAGGCCUACACUGGCUCCCGGUACGUUUCCGAGCACAAUUCAAAGUGUUGGUGCUGACCUUUAAAGUCCUAAACGGCCUUGGUCCAGUAUACCUGAAGGAGCGUCUCCACCUCCAUUGUUCUGCCCGGAUACUGAGGUCCAGUGCCAAGGGCCUUCUGGCGGUUCCCUCACUGCGAGAAGCCAAGUUACAGGGAACCAGGCAGAGGGCCUUCUCGGUAGUGGCACCCGCCCUGUGGAACGCCCUCCCACCAGAUGUCAAAGAGAAAAAUAAUUACCAAACUUUUAGAAGACAUCUGAAGGCAGCCCUGUUUAGGGAAGCUUUUAAUGUUUAAUAGGUUAUUGUAUUUUAGUGUUUUGUUGGAAGCCGCCCAGAGUGGCUGGGGAAACCCAGCCCGAUGGGCGGGGUAUGAAUAAUAAAUAGUUGUUGUUGUUAUUUAAAGAAGCUGUAUCUAAUUUUCAGAUUGCCAUUUCUUUUCCAGACUGUGGUGGGCUGGUACAAACUCAGGCGUAAUACUGACCAGACAAUGACGUUCAGAGAGCGACUUCUUCAUAAGCAUUUACAGUCACACUUGGCAAAUCAGGGCCUUGUUUUUCUGUUACUGACUUUCAGCCCAGCGUCUUCAAAUUUAUCCACUUACAAACUUGAAUAUGCCUUACAUAAACCGCAAGAAGGGUAAGUAUAUUCAUUAUCCUUUAGUGUACUUCUGUAACUCACUGAAAUAUAGCUAAUCACUUUCUUGGGUUAAUCCCUUUCCUUUGAAAUUUGGAGGUAAUCUUGCAAUGGAAAUCAUUUCUUUCUGUUGAAAUUUCGCUUUCUUACUCUUGAUAUCAUUGGCUGCAAUCUUGCACAUAAUUAGACUUGUGUUAGCUCUACAGAAAUGUGCGGGAGAGACCCAACAUCACAUUAGCACAAAAAGCUUGAGAGCUGAUGUGGUGCAAGUAAUAGCAAACUGUCACGAAGCAUAAUACUGUAUUUACUCAAAUCUAAUGCGCAUCUUUUUUGGCCAAAUCACAUUGCAAAAAUUAAGGUGCACAUUAGAUUCAAUGGCGCAUUAGAGUCUAGUUAAUACGGUAAUAGCAGUUGCACUAGGCAUUGCACACCAUCUUCGUAAGUUCCAAGACAACCACGGGAUUAGUUUGUGUCUGAGCAGUGCUCAAUCUUAAAAUAUUAAAAGCAUAUUUCUGAGCAAGUUUACUCAGAAGUAAGUUCCUCUGGGCUCAGUAGACUUAACUCCCAUGUAAGAAUGUAUAAGAUUUUUUUGUAAGGCUGGAAACCUGGGAGUAAACCACAUUGAACUUAGUGGGACGCACAAAGCAAUCCUAUACAACUAUUCUUAAAAGUACCGUAUUUUUCGUCCCAUAGGACACACCGGCCCAUAGGACGCACCUAGUUUUUUUGGGGGGAAAUAAAGGAAAAAAAAAUUCCCUUUAUUUCCCCCCCCUAAAACCAGGUCGGGGAAUCCAAACCAGGUCGGGGAACAGCGGGAUGGCGGCGCUCCGCCUCCCCACUGUCCCCCGAGCUUGUGGGGCUGCCCGAUGUCUGCCCGAAGCAUGGGGCGCUCUGCUUCAGCGCUCCCCGCGCUCCGUGCAGCAGGCUGCUAUCCGCGGGCUCCCCAGGUUUGCUGAUAGCUUCCUGAAGCCUGGAGAGUGAGAGGGGUCGGUGCACACCUCCAAGCUUCAGCGAAAGCCCCAUAGGACGCACACAGAUUUCCCCUUCAUCUUUGGAGGUGAAAAAGUGUGUCCUAUAGGGCGAAAAAUACGGUAAGUUGUCUUAAGAAUUAAUAAUGGAAUGGCACUAUUUCGUGCACUCAGUAAACCUUCCCAUUGUAGUUAUAUUAAAUUCUUCUAUUUAUCCUUUUCUAAAGUCCUUUUCAGAAAGUUCCUCUUGUUAUUGCCAAUCUGAGAAUGGCAGAAGAGCACGGAUAUCAUACAGCGUCCAGUUCAUGUAUUUCUUCCGGCUAUUGUAGAGCAGUUGCAAAACACAGGUAUGAAAAGGAUGUUUUAAUUUUUUGCAUUGUGUUUUUGGUUACUCCAAAUGAUUGCCAGCUAGCAGCAUAGAUGUGUGUGUGUGUGUGUGUGUGUGUGUGUGUGUGUGUGUGUGUAUUUGUAUAUAUAUUUGUAUGCGUGUGUAUAUAUGCACAUAUAUACACACACAAAUACAUCAUCUUCUUUGGCUCAUAGCCAAGUAAGAUUGUCUUCCAUAAACACGGUUUUAACAGUGAGUCCGUAAGUGACUGUGGAGGCCAGUUCUGGAUCCACACCUCCUUCCACAGUGGGGACAUUGGUUUCCGGGCAGGAGUUGAUCACUGUGUGGAUUUGCCAAGCAUACCUUCCUCUUAGCACAUUUCUCCCUUGCAUCCUGAGUUUGAGUGCCUUCAAAGAAGCCCACAACACCUUUGGUAAAGGCUGUUCUCCAACUGGAGCGCUCGCAGGCCAGUGUUUCCCAGUUGUCAGUGUUUAUACUACAUUUUUUUAAGAUUUGCCUUGAGACAGUCUUUAAACCCCUUUUGUUGACCACCAGCAUUACGCUUUCCAUUUUUAAGUAUUUUAAAAUACUACAGUGUGUCUUCAUCUCCCCUAAUAUGAGUGCUGCUGUUCCAGCUAUGGCCUCUUCCUGGAUAUUACAAAUUGGCCCAGUAUGCAUGUAAAAUCAAGCUAAACCAUAGCUAAGCGUGAGUGCACAAGUAAUCAAAGCAGAAAUAGUGGCCACUUUGCUCCUUCAGUCCUCAUGGUGCUGUGCUACCUGCAACAAAGCCAUUGUUUGGCAUAGUGUUGUAUUUAAACCUCAGCCUUGUGGUCUGUCUCCCUCCGACAAACACUGGACAGUGAGCCAAGAGCAAACCUUGGCUAUCGCUUGCAGUUUGUCAAGUGAGACAAACCACAAACCCAGGUUCAGGCAGGAGCAAAGUGCUUGCAAUUUCUGCUGCAGGUACUUGUGAGCUUGUGCAUUUAUGCUUAGUGCUAUAUGUGAACCAGACCACAAUGAGGGCCAAGCAAGCCAAUUCACCUUCCUCCUUUGGCUUUCCAUUUUUCUCUUCUCCUGACACUCAGCAUUCUGUGCCUGCUUAUAUCUUACGAGCAUGCUCAGUCCUCUUUGGACUUUUGUUUUGUUUUAAGUGCUGCUCCUCUUUUGGCGGUGUUAAUAAGUUUUGUUUUGUUUUAAUUCUGCAAACCUCAGGAUUCUCCCCUCUUAUUUAUCAGUGGCUCAGUUUCACUGUUGGGAUAAGUAAUUUUUAAAAAGAGGGGUGGAUGGUAGGCUUCAGCCUAGAAAGCUGGACUGUCUGAUGUUUACUAAGGAAAAACAUGUACUUGCAUUAUUUUAAGAACUCCACUCACUACACUGGAGUUUGACUUUUAACUUGCUAUAAACAAACUUGUCUUAUUUUAACCAGCAAUUCCAUCAGCGAGCAUUGUCUCCUAAAUGCCCUAGUGCUUGAGAUUUCCUGCUUAUUCCUAUAGGUUUUCAUGUCAGCUAAGGGACGCAGGUGGCGCUGUGGUCUAAACCACUGAGCCUCUUGGCCUUGCCGAUCAGAAGGUCAGUGGUUCAAAUCCCUGCGACGGGGUGCGCUCUCGUUACUCUGUCCCGACUCCUGCCAACCUAGCAGUUCAAAAGCACACCAGUGCAAGUAGAUAAAUAGGUACCGCUGUGGUAGGAAGGUAAAUGGCGUUUCCAUGUGCUGCUCUGGUUUUGUCAGAAGCGGCUUAGUCAUGCUGGCCACAUGACCCAGAAAAACUGUCUGCGGACAAACGCCGGCUCCCUCAGCCUGUAAAGUGAGAUGAACGCCGCAACCCCAGAGUCGUCUGCAACUGGACUUAACUGUCAGGGGUCCUUUACCUUUUUUUAAAGGUUGUGUUCAAUUGUCAGUGCCAAAAUUUAGAGAUUUCAAAAUCCACUUUGCAUAAAAUGGCAGAUGGAAAUAGUACAUUCUAUAUUUUCUUUUUUGUAUCAAAAGGUCAGAAUUUUUUAAUGAAGAUGGGUCUCUAAAAGAGGUUCUGAAGACUGCUGAAAUGUCUGCCACCUUGCAGGAGGAAAUGGAGGUAAGUUACAUGCUUUUGGAAAACUUCUCACGCACCUUUUAACCAGUAACACAAAGUUUGAAAUAAGUGUUUGGCAACACAAUCUAUAUGAAGAAAUGUUGACGCAAAAUGUCCUGAAGCUGGAAAUUAGGGGAAAGUAAACCCCAUUAACUUGUGCACCAGGCAGAUAUAAUAUUAUUGUGUAUCCUAGAAAUAACCAUAGGUAGGGAAAUGAGUGCCAUGUGCAGAAUUACACUUAUUUAGGCUGUAUUCCAGAAAAACCUGUUGUUCUGGGGUCACCUGAAAGCUUAAUCACACAACUUUUAUUCAGGAAGUUAAGUGUUCGGUGACAGCAUUAUCUAGUCUCCAACAGCGCACAUAGAGAGUGCCUCAGUUUUAUAAGAAUAGCUCUGCUGCAUCAGGCCAGUGGCCCAUUUACUCCAGUAUCCUGUUCUCACAGUGGCCAACCAGACGCCUGUGGGAAACCAGUAAGCAGAACAUGAGUGCAAGAGCAACUCUCUCCCUUUCUGUGAUUUCCAGCAGCUGGUAUUCAGAAGCCUUGCUACUUCCAACUGUGGAGGUAGAGGAUAGCCAUCAUCAGUUAGCUGUUAAACAUUUUGAUUAAGCUUUUUUAUGAAUUAUUUGUAUACGGAUAAGAUGACAAUUUAUUCCACAAGGUGUCCCAUAUUUUCCCUCUCUCCUAGAAUAUAGGCAGUAAAGUAGCAGAUAGUGAAAGAUCAGUAGAGAAUCUGCUAGCAGAAGUAGAUCAACUGAGACAAGAAGUACGAAGGAAAAAAGAACAGAUGCAAACUGCAGGUAACUUAAAACACCUAACUUUCUGUUCCAUGUCAUUAAACUUACAGGGUACGUAAUCUUCUAGAGCUGAAAUAGGAACCCGCAUUCCCUUUUAGUGAAAGCUCCAUAGAAAUGUAGGAGACAGAAGAAUAAGAUUUACAGGUUCCUACUUCAAUACCUGUCCUAGGAUCUUAAAUUCAAUCUCUUGGUUCUGAUUCUAAAGCAGGGGUGCGCUUAUGAAUUGUCACUGGAUUCCCUUUACCUUUGGCAUCUUCAGUUUACUUGUCAGCCUUUGCUCCUGUAAAAAGAGCUUACACACUUAAUCAGGCACUACUCAGAAUUCUACAAUAGGAAUCAAGAGCAUAGAUCAGGAAUAGGCUACACAGUGCCCUACAGCUGUUAUUGGACUUCGGCUUUCACCACCCUGACCCCUGGCCAUGCUGGCAGGGGUCGGUAAUGGUUAGGAAUACAACAGCCAAUUGGAUGACACCAGGCUGGCUACCUCUGAUAUAGAUAUAUAGAUAUAUAAACGGCCUCAGCCCAGUAUACCUGAAGGAGCGUCUCCACCCCAAUCGUUCUGCCCAGAAGCUGAGGUCCAGCACCGAGGGCCUUCUGGCGGUUCCCUCAUUGUGAGAAGCAAAGCUACAGGGAACCAGGCAGAGGGCCUUCUCGGUAGUGGCACCCGCCCUGUGGAACGCCCUCCCAUCAGAUGUCAAAGAGAACAACAACUACCAGACUUUUAGAAGACAUCUGAAGGCAGCCCUGUUUAGGAAAGCUUUUAAUGUUUAAUAGGUUAUUGUAUUUUAAUAUUCUGUUGGAAGCCGCCCAGAGUGGCUGGGGAAACCCAGCCAGAUGGGCGGGGUAUAAAUAAUAAAUUAUUAUUAUUGAUACUUACUUGUCUAGAAAUGACCCUGAUGUUGCAAAAGGCAUGUUAAGCAAAUAGUUCAGAUAUUUAGAAUGUAUGAGCUGCUAUUUCACAUAUGCUAUGGUUGGAUGUUUUAUUAAGCUGUAGUUUCGCACAAUAUGAAAAGGCUUCGGCAAGUCUCAGGCCCCAUGCUUUUGCCUUUCCUUAACCAUAGUUUGUCACGUCAUCCAAAUCAAGGGACUUGAGGCUUGCCAAAGUCUUAGGACUGCUCAUUAAAUAGUUACCAGUCAAGCAGCUGCUAUUCUACGCAGUUGGAAGUCUUGUAGGCUAAUGUAGCUGUUGUAUCAAAAGAAAAUACCCUCUGUCUGUUUCAGAAGUUACCCAAACGAAGAAAAGUCACCCAGAUGAAUCGAAAGAAAAUAUUUUCCUCUGUCAAGCUUUGCAAAACUUUUUCCCAAAUUCUGGACUGCAGUCAAGCAGUGUUACUUUAAAAGGAAGACAGAUUUCUAAGCAUUGCUGCAACAUUGACCACAACACAAGAAUAAUGGACUGGCUGACCUUAACGUUCAAAGAAAAUAGUUUCCCUGAAGCUGAGACAAGGCAGGUAAUUAAGCGAAAGGCUACUGUAACUACAAGUGGACCAAAGCCAUUCAAAAGGCUACGAUCUUUCAAACUUCGUCGAAAUCUAUUUCGGGAGGAUCAAAAGAACAGUGACCAAGAAACAAACAUUCCAACCAGUGACACCGAACCUGAUGAGGAUGUUACAAAAGAGCCUGAAGAACGCAGAAUAUCUCCAAGUUUUUAAUCCCUUUCAGUACAGAUAAAGGAUUUCUUUUUCCCCAGAAAUUAUUGCCUAUAUAACUCUCCAUUUGUUCAUGGUUUCGGGGGGGGGGGGGGGGAGUCUUGUUUAUGAAAACUCACCCAUCAAAAAUUAAACCAGCAUUAAACCCCACAAUUUGGGGGGGGAAACAAAAUAGUCUAGUUUCUUCCUCAGUAGAUUUUGUAUUCCUUAUUUUCCACAGGGAUUAUCCCUGGUGGAAGACUUCAGCAUAAAAUGUACUGUACUGAUAGUACCAUGUUUGGACUAAGAAUGCAACAAUAUUUCUUGGCUUUUAUCCAGUUGUUCCUCUUUGAUCCAGUGGAGGCUUCUCUUGAGGGAAAGGAGAGGUGAUUUUCACUAGUUCCUCCCCUCUUCAGGUUCUCAUGCUGCCUCCCAUGUACCAUAUUUUUUGCUCUAUAAGACGCACCAGACCACAAGACGCACCUAGUUUUUGGAGGAGG